AACAGUCACAUUUUCCUCGUUCUACGGCUCAAACAGUUCCAGUUAACAAAUAUUUAUUUUCGGAUAUUGUGAGGUCUCCUUUCCAGAAGUGUACGUUUUCAAUAUUAGCCCAUUUACGAUCCGAGGAUUAGAAAGUAAAAGUAAUUGCAGACCAUGAAUCUCGAUUUGCAACAUUUUACAAUUUCCACCAUUCCUGUCUUGUUUUUCUAGUAAAAAAAUUUAAAUAUUUUUCAAAAUUUGCGCAGAAUUUCAAUAACGAAGAAAAGAAAAAUACGUAAAUCUCAAAGAAAUUCGAUUAUUGGUAUCCAUAUAAAAAAUAAAAAACGACGAAUAAUCCUGAGUUACGGAAUCGAGCUACAUUUUUAAGGAAGUUGUAAAAAGAUAAUUUUUCCACCAUCUAUGUAGGCACUAAAUCGUAUAUACUGUGCAGGUAGGUUAGUGUCGCAGUUCCUCCUACGAUCAUCGGUUACUAAAAAGUUGUAACCAACCAACUUAAAAAUAACUAAUUCAACUAAUGAAGAUCAUUAUAUUUUAAGAUUAAGUGCUUAAUUUAAAUUCACAAUAAGUUGAUACUUUUUCCAGCAUUUAGCAAUGGACACCAAUAAGCACCUCUACCCGUAACAUAGGUGUAAAAUUAAUCUUGUAUCCCCACCAGCCAACUUCGAACUCCUAGUUUAUUCCGCGAUGAAUCACUCUCGUGUACUUUCGCUUUCCCUCUUUUGGUUGGUGGUCUCGGCAGAAAUAAAAUAUGGAACGAGCGAGUAUUCCUCAAACUGUUCUCCUGUUUUCUUAAUCCAUGGAUUGACGAGAUCCGACCUUUCACUGAAGUACCUUGAGAGAAGAAUACACGAGUUCUGUCCAGGAGUCGUGACAUACAACACACCAGCCUUUUCGUUCGUCGAUAGCUUUGCUCCUCUUCAAGUGCAAGUCAAUGGAUUGCUGGAGGCAUUCAACAAUUUUUCCAAGGCUCACUCGAAAUUUCAUCUCGUCACUCACUCACAGGGGACUCUUAUAGGCCGAGCAUUGAUUCAGGCAAGCGUUUACCACAAUGUCUGCAACUAUAUUUCUCUUGGAGGAAUUCACUCAGGAACAUACGGAAUCCCUACCAUUGCCGCGGAAUUGACACCGCUUGGAGAAAUUCCGGUAGAGCGAAUGCUCACUACUGCAUUGCUCUACACGCCCACUUCGAUGGAAACUUUAUCGAUAGCAAAUUUUUGGCAUGAUCCCGACAACGCAUUGUACCUCGAAAAAAACACGUACUUGCCCCGCCUCAAUAACCAAAUUCCCUCCAACGAAAGCUACAGUCAAAAAGAGGCCCUGUUGCGUUUGAAUAAGUUCGUCACCCUUUAUGGACAAGGUGAUGGAUUCGUCUUCCCUUGGGAAUCGGGUGAUUUUUCCUUCUAUAAAAUCAUUAACAAUACUAACGUAGUUGUCAACUACACUGAAUGGGAUUUUUACGACACUUUGGGCCUGAGAACUUUGGAUGAGACUGGUAGAUUCAUCAAGCAUAACAUCUCAGGCGUGGAGCAUCUGGAGUGGCCUAUGAACGACAAUGUCAUCGAUAAUUAUGUUUUACCUUAUCUAGGUUAUUGUGCAUAAUGAUGAAGAAUUUACCUAUAGCACCUAAAUAUUCACCAGUGGCGUGGCGUGUUUUGCGAUAUAUCGAUUGAUCGACCAUUUAAACCUAUGGAAAAGUAUCGAUAAACAAGGUGUCCGCAGCGAACACCUUAAUAAUCGAUUAUUUACCACAGAUUCAAAUGGGGAAAUAUCGAUAGAUCACAAAGCACGCCAAGCCACUGAUAUUCACUCGACGAUUUUAAAGUCUUUCUUAUAAUUGCUUACUCACGAGUCAGAUAUUUUUAAACGGAAAUGGAUGUGAGCUCAAGAAAAACUCAUGGGUAGGAUUCAGCGUAUGGUAAAUCACCUAAAAAUAAGUACUUAGAUCUGGAAAUUAUAUGACCUCAAGUUUUGUUUUCAAGAUUUUGAGGUUCGAACAAAAACAAGAGGAACUCAGAGCUCCGUUCCUCUUGUUUAAAGACCCCGAUAGGAAAAAUAAUAUUUUUUAGUGUCUCCUCUUCUUCUUUUUAUUUUUAAUUAGGAGCAUACUCAUGUAACCUUACGGAAAAAAUAUAAAUCAAAAUUGAAAAAAAUGAAAGUAAGAUCUUAUUACAAUGCACUAAAGAUGAUUGUACUAAUCGAUAUA